AGGAUGCGGAGAGGCGGGGCCGGGCUCUCGCGGAGGAGCAGGAGACGCCGCCAUUUUGGUGUCGCUGCGUCGGCGCGGAGCGGGGUUGGAGUAGCGGCCGGGCGAAGGUCGCGGUCACGGGCAGCGGCCGGGAGGAUGCGGCGCGGAGGAGCCUGACGGGGCGGCGGCUUCUUGGGCGCUGAGGAGAUGGACGCUGGAGCCCGCCCGGGCGGCGGCACCCCGGGGCAGUCCCGCGAGUACAAGUUGGUGAUGCUGGGCGCCGGCGGCGUCGGCAAGAGCGCCAUGACUAUGCAGUUCAUCAGUCACCGAUUUCCGGAGGAUCACGAUCCCACAAUUGAGGAUGCUUAUAAAAUACGAAUACGCAUUGAUGAUGAACCUGCCAAUCUGGAUAUCUUAGACACAGCAGGGCAGGCAGAGUUUACGGCCAUGAGAGACCAGUACAUGAGGGCUGGCGAAGGAUUUAUCAUCUGUUACUCAAUCACAGACCGACGCAGUUUCCAUGAAGUGCGUGAAUUCAAACAGCUUAUCUAUCGCGUUCGGCGUACUGAUGACACUCCUGUGGUCCUGGUGGGAAAUAAAUCUGAUCUGACACAGCUACGGCAGGUCUCCAAAGAAGAAGGCUCUGCUUUAGCUCGAGAAUUCAACUGCCCUUUUUUUGAAACUUCAGCUGCGUACCGUUAUUAUAUUGAUGAUGUAUUCCAUGCUCUUGUGAGAGAAAUCCGCAGGAAAGAAAAAGAAGCAGUAAUGGCAAUGGAAAAAAAAUCCAAACCUAAAAGCAGCAUGUGGAAAAGACUAAAGUUACCAUUUAGAAGGAAGAAGGAUUCAGUCACUUGAACAGAGAUAAUUCCUCUGCAGAAUAAAACCUGUGAACGGCCAUUUGUAACUGAAGUGGUUUAGUGACAUUUCAACAGUAUGUUUUAGACUGAUGGGACUUUUAUGAGGGAGUGCGUAACUUUACCAAUUAUUUUUGUUUAAAAUGGUAUUCUUUUCAUUUUGGAUAUUUAACUUAAGACACAGUAACAAUUUUGUUUGUUGUCAUUUUUUGACUGGAUCCAGCAAAUACUGUUUAUAUGUUGUUGGUUACAAAUGCUGAUAGGUUUAUGACACUGCACUUUUUAAUGUUUGUCUUUGGUCACUGCAUACUGGAAGUUGAAUUGUGUAAAAAUAUUGCUGAACUUCUACCCAGCCUAACUUAAUUUUUUUUCCCUAGUUGUUUGCACAACAAAAUUUUGCUGCUCUCCAGAACAGUAACCCGCAUCAUGAGAGAAGGCUUUUCGAGGUCAUGCUGAGAAGUAGUUUACAAAGUGUAUGUCAUGACUGUGUCAGGCUACGUAUUGGUGGCAAUGAAGGGAAAUGUAAUAGAGGGGUUUUGUUGUUGUUGUUCUCACUGAGAAGAAUUUUUCUAUCAAAAUUAAUGUGGCAUAUCUUGUGCAAGUUUAUCUGAGUUAUCAGUUAAAGCUCAGUGUGGUAGGUGGGAUUCUAAACAAGUCAGAAAAAGCAAAUUAUGGUUCCUAUGGCAGCUAUAACUUGGCAACAGUGCAUGAAUGAAUAUGUAGCAUUUUCCUACUGUAUAUAGCAUUUACUGUGUUGUCAUAGCAUGUGUAAUGUAAUGAUGCUGUAGAUGCUCUAGAAACUACAGCUUUGAAUUUUCUGACUUGCUUUUUAAAAUGACAGCUGUAAUGGUGCAGUGGCUUAUUUAUUUGCAUUCAGUUUUGUAUUAUUAUUUUAAAGGAGCCAGUAUCAUUGAGUAGAAGUCUUCAACGUAGUCAUUUCAAAUUAUUCUAUGAUAACUACUUUGUAAAGAAAAUGACUGAAACUGAGGUAUCUGGGCCCAGAAUUAAUAUCCCUGACACUGGUAAGAUUCUUCCAAUACUGUCUUAAAAGUAGAACUAGCGAUGCAGUAGAAGGAAGCAAUUAGCUGGGCACAAUGACAGAUUUAUUUUGACAGAUACUCAUAUCCCAGACCUUAAAUAUGCAAGAGGUCCAGUUAGUGCAUGUACAUGUUUUUUUUUUAUGCUCAGUAAUCAAUGAUUCAGUUAAGAAAGUGCUUCUGAGGCAGAUGUUCCAUGCAUAGCAGAUCUUUUUUUUUUUUUUGCUUUUGAGGUGAUUUACAUGUACAUUGGUUAUAGAAUUUAAAUCCAGAGUUGGUGUCACAGUGCUAAAAGGUCACCAGAGAGACGAAUGUCUGGUGUUUAUUUUUUAAAUAGUACAGCAAAUCAUGAUGAGGUGAAUCAGAUGUGUUUAAAACACCUUUCUCAGAGACCUAAGUGCCUAGAAUCUUUCAGUUUAGGAAUGAAAGAGAUUGUAGACUGUAGGUGUAGUAUAGCUUCUGUUGAUCAUCCAUGUCAGUAACUGUUAAUCUUACUGACUAAAAAUAAGAUCUGUAAUGUCAGUCUUAGUGUGCUGCAUAUGUGCAGUCAAAACUGAAAAUGAAGUUGUUCAAAUUUAUAUGUAAAAGGAUCUAGUACAAGUAAGGAUAACAAAUAUAAACCUUUACACUUUCUUCUUUCUAAACUCUUUACUACUUAAGUUACCACUGGAAAUUCUGUGCCUGGUGCUUUUAAGAGUAUUUGCUUUGUGUGGGAUUAAAAACAAAGAAAUUUAUAAUAAAAAUGGGGGGUGAGCAUUUUUUUAUCUUACGUUUGUAACUGAGCUAAAUAUCUAUAUUGCUCUCUGUUUCUCACUUCCUUCCAAAACUUCAGUGUUACGAUACACUGGUAAUCACUGCACAUAACGCUGAUUGAAAAAGACUGAGAAUAAUUUGGAUUGUUGAGACUGUAAGACUUCUUUUAAAUUAACUGUGUGAGCAGUUGUGCAUAUCUUUUCAGUAGCUACUGGUUUAGAACAUGAAGCCCUAUUAUUCAUUCAUUGUUGGAAUAAAUAAAUGCUGUCUAUAACCCUUAAAUUAAAAAUCCUAGGAAAACCAUUUGGCAGAGAAUUUGGGGAGGAGGAGAGCAACAACUAAGAUGUUGCUCUAAAAGCAGUUGCUGACUCUGUUGUCAUAACAAUUUCUUCAAACCAGACUUACGGGACUGCUAAGCAGGGGCCUGAUUGUGAUUACAAGUUUUCCCCGUGCUUUUCCUUAAUUCAGUAAUUUAACAUAAGUAUUAAUCAGCUUCCUACAUUCAAAGUUUUCAGAUAGCAUGCAAAGUUAACCUGCCAGCAGUACUGAAAGCUAUAUAGGACUAAUAUUUAUUUUCACCUUAAUGUAACUGAUGUCUGUGCCUUACCUGAUUCCUUCCAUGCAAUUCAAGUGUUUACUAAUGCCUUUUGUGAGCCUGUUGCUUAUAGAACUAUUAAAUCAGAACAGCAGCAAGCACUUUUUUUUUACAGUAUUAUUCAAACAGAGUUUUAUUUUUGUCAUGUAUAAAUUUGUACAUGGGAUUGUUUUAUUUGACACAAUAUAGAAUUUUUAAUACAAAAUUUGUAUUUGACGUAUUUAAUGUGUGGUGUGUAGCAUGAUGGGUAGAAGGCUGUUUAGCAUGAGAGUGCUGAAGUAGCAAAGCUCACGGUGUGUUUUUAAGUUACUUUGGAAAAUGCUCAUCUUGCUAGCUGGUGACUUGAAGGUAAAAUAAUAGUAAUGAUAAAUUUAAAAAAUUGAAUUGGUAUUUUAUGUUUAAGUGGUGCAAAGCUUAAAAAUUCAGAUGUGUCUGGUGCUAAAGCAUUUAAACAACCUAGAUAUUUUGCAAUUGUAUUACUUUACAUUUCUAUGUACUGUAUAAGGUGUGUUAGCUUUCGCAGUUUUAGUUAUGAGUCAUGAAAGAAUUACUGGA